GGUAUCCCUGUUCUAAUGGACGGUCCCUGUUUUAAGCUCUGCGUUCUUUGACUUUCUUCCUCUUUGCCACCCGCCAUUGUUGUGAGAGCGUUGUGGAUUUCAAUAUGUCCUCCCACAAGACUUUUAGGAUCAAGCGCUUCCUUGCCAAGAAGCAGAAACAGAAUAGACCAAUCCCCCAGUGGAUUCGCAUGAAGACUGGUAACAAGAUCAGGUACAAUUCUAAAAGAAGACAUUGGCGAAGGACAAAACUUGGCCUGUAAACAGGGUGCCCAUUAUGUUCCUAGAGUUUUUCAUGACGUUUAAGAAUGGGAGAAAAAAGGACAUGCUGCCUUACAUCUGGAAGACAUUUUGUACAGAUACAUGGCUGAUGAUAUGAAGUGCACAAUAAAUGUUUUGGACAGCA